CCGCGCUGGCUGCGCGCUCCAGCUGCCUGGCAGACGCCGCCCCGGGCUCGCUGCCCGCGCCCGUACCUGGAACAGCUGCCCGGGAGGCUCCGCCCGUCGGCUCCGCUCCGCGGCCGCGCCUCCGAACCGUCCCGCAGGCUCAGGCUCUGACGUCUCCGCUCUCUGUGCCCACGGAGCCAUGAGGGGCGUUUUAUGCUCACCUCUGCCCACCUUGCUGCUCCUUCUCCAGCCCUGGGAAACUCAGCUGCAGGUCACAGGUUCCAGGUGCCGCACGGGGCCCCUGGAUUUGGUGCUCGUGAUUGACAGUUCGCGCAGCGUGCGCCCCUUCGAGUUUGAGACCAUGCGGCAGUUCCUGGUGGGCCUCCUCCGCGGCCUGGACGUGGGCCCCAACGCCACGCGCGUCGGCGUGAUCCAGUACUCGAGUCAGGUGCAGAGCGUCUUCCCGCUGGGCGCCUUCUCCCGUGUCGAGGACAUGGAGCGCGCCAUCCAGGCCCUGGUGCCGCUCUCCCAGGGGACCAUGACCGGGCUGGCCAUCCAGUACGCCAUGAACGUGGCCUUCAGCGUGGCCGAGGGCGCGCGGCCGCCCGAGGCGCGCGUGCCGCGCGUCGCUGUCAUCGUGACGGACGGGCGGCCCCAGGACCGCGUGGCCGAGGUGGCGGCGCAGGCGCGGGCGCGCGGCAUCGAGAUCUACGCCGUGGGGGUGCAGCGUGCUGACGUGGGCUCCCUGCGAGCCAUGGCAUCGCCCCCGCUCGACGAGCACGUCUUCCUCGUCGAGUCCUUCGACCUCAUCCAGCAGUUUGGUCUGCAGUUCCAGAACAGGCUGUGCGGAAAGAACCUGUGUGCCGAGGGGACGCAUGGCUGCCAGCACCAAUGUCUCAACACCCCGGGCACCUUCCGCUGUGCCUGCAACCCUGGCUUCCAGCUAGCCGCAGACAACAAGAGCUGUUUGGCCAUUGACCUGUGCGCCGGAGGGGCCCACGGCUGUGAGCACCACUGUGUCAGCCUCCCGGGCUCCUACUUCUGCCGCUGCCAAACGGGCUUUGUGCUCCAGCAGGACCAGAGGAGCUGCAGACCCGUUGACCACUGCCGUUCUGGAACCCACGGCUGCCAGCACGAGUGCGUGAGCACUGUCACGGGCCCGCAGUGCCGCUGCCGAGAGGGCCACGAGCUGCUUGCGGACGGGAAGAGCUGCCGCAUCCGGGACCUCUGCAAUGGUGUAGACCAUGGAUGCGAGUUCCAGUGUGUGAGCGAGGGGGACUCGUACCGCUGCCUGUGCCCCGAGGGUCUGCAACUCCAGGCCGAUGGCAAGAGCUGCAGCCGGUGCCGGGAAGGUCACGUGGACCUGGUUCUGCUGAUCGACGGCUCCAAGAGUGUCCGCCCGCAGAACUUCGAGCUGGUGAAGCGCUUCGUGAACCAGAUCGUGGACUUCCUGGACGUGUCCCCCGAGGGCACGCGCGUGGGGCUGGUACAGUUCUCCAGCCGCGUGCGCACCGAGUUCCCGCUGGGCCGCUAUGGCACGGCGGCCGAGGUGAAGCAGGCGGUGCUGGCCGUGGAGUACAUGGAGCGCGGGACCAUGACCGGGCUGGCGCUGCGCCACAUGGUGGAGCACAGCUUCUCGGAGGCGCAGGGAGCACGGCCCCGCGCGCUCAACGUGCCCCGAGUCGGCCUGGUCUUCACCGACGGCCGCUCCCAAGACGACAUCUCUGCGUGGGCAGCGCGUGCCAAGGAGGAAGGCAUCGUCAUGUACGCCGUGGGCGUGGGCAGGGCGGUGGAGGAGGAACUGCGCCAGAUCGCUUCGGAGCCCCCAGAGCUGCACGUGUCCUACGCCCCUGAUUUUGACACCAUGACGCACUUGCUGGAGAACCUCAAAGGCAGCAUCUGCCCAGAGGAGGGCAUCGGCGCGGGGACCGAGCUCCGGAGCCCGUGCGAAUGCGACAGCCUCGUGGAGUUCCAGGGGCGCACGCUGGGGGCGCUCGAGAGCCUGACGCAGAGAGUGGCCCAGCUGUCGGCGCGCCUGGAGGAUCUGGAGAACCAGCUGGCCACCCAGAAGUGAGGGCCUGGCAGCCUGGAGGCCGGGCGCGUUUGUGUGGACGGUGCCCCCGGUGCGCCGCCGCAGGGGUGGGCACCACCUGGGUCCCUGGGACCGCGGCCGUCGGGGCGGAGGCGCUGGCCGGCUCCCGGCGCUGUGCUCGAGCUGGCCCCGCCGCACCCGGAGGCGGUCUGCGGGGGCCCGGCGGCGUGGAUGCUGGGGGCUGCACGCCCUCGCCGCGUGCUGCGCUCAGUUCUUUGUUGGA